AUGUCCACCAAUACUGAUCCAAAAACAAACAAACCACGUAAGUUUGUUAUGGUUGUCCCUGAACUGUUUUUAGAAACGAAGGAAUCUCUGUCACAGCUGAAGGCACAACAAAAAGAACAACAGAAACAACAACUAAAACAGAAACUAGUCCAAAUAAGAGAGAAAAGGAAACGGAAAUCACAGAAACAAAAGAAACAAUCGUCAAGAUCACAAGUACCUAGUCAAGACCAUCAAUCGAACCACCAGCAGCAGAUUCAAAUAGGGAAUCAAGAAAUAGCAAAUGAUCAACAUCACCAACAACAACAACAACAACAAUUGCAUAACCAAGGGACUGGCAAUAAUUAUGCAUUUGGGUUUGUACCUCCAACGUUUGACUCCCAAUACCCCAACAAACCACCAAAUGAACUGGAUUCUACAAACGCGUUGUUCCCAAGACUUUCAUCGUACGACUUGAAAUCAAAAGAUUCAAAAUAUAAACGGUGGACUCCAAGAAUGGAUCAGCUUUUGAUCAAAUUAUUGAGUGACGUUGUGCAUUCGUAUCCAAGGGGUGCCGAACCAGAAAUGAACAAAAAAGCUUGGUUGUAUGUGUGUAAACAGUUACGGUAUGCCAAUCCCGAGACGGUGUAUUCGACAUAUUCGAAAUAUUCAGUACAACAACAUUUGAGUAAUGUGAUUCAGCAUCGUUAUAAGAUCUGGUAUCGAUUGAUGGCUCAUUCUAAGACCAUCACAAGGGACUAUUCUUACAAAUGGAAUCUGGCAGUGGGGAGGUUUGAAAUCAUUGAUUUGAUCUCUCAAAAUUUGAUAUUAGAUUCACGACAAGUGAAACUGAUUCUUUAUGGUAAUGCCUUGAGCUUACCUGACUUGUCACAAUACAACAAGAGUGCAAUAAUCACCAAUGAUUUCUUCCUUAGUGACAAUUUGGGGUAUAUGUCGGUUUAUCAUAAUGAAAUAUUACCAGUGUUGGCAAAGUUAGAUAGCAAAUACAUUGAAGAUAUUGGAAUAGAUGGGGAUAUUUAUGCUGAAGUGGCAAGAUUUGAAUAUCCUGAGGAACACAAUGAGUUUUUCAAACCUUUGGUUUCGGCUAAGAAACCUUCGAACAAACGAAAGAAACAGGAUGUGUUCCGACAAUAUUUUCAGACAAACGGGCAGCAUCAAUUUAUUGACGAAGAUGAUCAAGUAGGUAGCUCUUCAACUGGAAUGCUUCAGCAGUUCAGAAGAACUCUGGAAGAGCCCAUCUCUCUAUUAUUAAAAGAACCAAUAGUGGAUCCAUCAUUGAGAAGUACAAGAGUUGAAGCAAAUAGAAGUCGUCUCCCCACACAACAACAACAACAACAACUACAGCAACAGUCCCAGCAACCGCCACAGCCCCCACCACUUCAUACUUUCAGACCGAUGCAGCAAUCGCAACAACAGUUGCACCAAUCAUUUCCUGCACACCAGCAACAGAAUCAGCAUCACCACCAAGAGGUCCAAAUGAGUAUGGAAAUUGAGAAUGCCCUAGCUUCUGCUACCAAAGCCGCGUUAGACUCCCCAUCUGUAAGACAGAGUAAAGAUUCUGCACCCUAUUAUCUUAAAGAUUCAAAAUGGUUCAACAAGUUGCUUCAACUUUAUGACUCGGGCCACAUUCGUGCUGAUGAAGUAUUGUGCGUGUGUGAAGGGGUACGAGAUAAUAAGAUUCCAUUAUUUAUGUUGAACGUAUUGGAUCGUGGAUAUUACCCCACAAGAACCACCAACAACAAAUCUGGUGCCGUUCACCGUGAAGAUGUAACCGACGAGGAAACUACAGAGAGAAUCAGAGAAUUUAUGUUGCCGAUGGUGUAUAAUAGUUGA